AUGGAAGUGGACGUGUAUUCACUGUCUGAAGGCUCUCGUCUACCGCUAAUUGACGAAACAUCGGCUUUAGGAACAACAGCACCAAAAGACAGAUUGAUAUCCGUAUUAGACCAAGUGGAAAUGAGAGUGGAGCGACUCAGACGAGACACUGUGCGUAUUGAAGAGGAAAAAGACUCUUUACUGUCUACUCUAGACAGUGUCAAACAUUCAGAACUGCUCGGUGACAUAUCUGAAUGUGAUAAGGAAGAUAUAAUGCGUUAUGCCGACCGUAUCCUGGCUCGAGCUCUCACCGUGGAGGUGGCUGUGAGGACAGACAGGGACCCACAGCAGGAGGAAGCAUUGUCACAGGUGAACAUGUUCAUAGACCAGCUAGUGAUGUCCGUGCACGAGGACGCGGUGGUCGCGCACGCACGCUGUCAGACGUACAUGAACGCGUGCACAUCAGCGCCCGACCACAGCGCCACCGAUAGAAACUUCGAGACAGCGAUCCUGGGAUGCACGCUCGACGACCAGAAGCGAGUCAAGAAACGCCUCCAGGGUCUGCUCGAUUACUUCGCUAAAUUGAACGUCAUCACGUACUCCUGA